AUGGCAGCCAGGACAGAAACGGGACAAGGAGAAGCGAUCGAGACUCCCGAUUCAAGCGCCCACAGCGACCACCUCGCAUCCGAUUCGCACAACGUUGAAGAAGCGCCAGAUGGCAGUGACGAGGUACUCAAGCACAAAGGCGAUACUGAUGAGCCUGUAUACGAGACAGGUUGGCGUCUGUGGGCAGUCAUGACUACGAUCUUUCUAACCAGCCUGCUGGCGGCCUUGGAUAUUGGCAUCGUCGCGACCGCCAUCCCCGGAAUCACAGACGAUUUCCACCGACUCGACGAUGUCGGGUGGUAUGGAGGGGCAUGUUUCCUCCUCGUCGGCACGACCUCGCCCGUAUGGGGCAAAAUGUACAAAUACCUGUCGGCCCGAUGGGUAUAUCUGGCUUCUGUCUUGUUGUUCUUGAUCGGGAGCCUCGUGGCCGCCACCGCACCCAACGGUACCGCCCUGAUUGUGGCGCGAGCAAUCCAGGGCUGGGGAUGUUCUGGCAGUCUCGGCGGCUCCGUACUCAUGAUCAACUACGUGGCACACCCCAAGAAACAGCCCAUGUUGAUCGGCCUCUGGAUGAGCGUCUUCAUGGCCUCGACCAUCAUCGGGCCCCUCAUCGGCGGCGCCUUCACCUCCGACGUCAGCUGGCGGUGGUGUUUCUGGAUCAAUCUGCCGGUCGGAGGUCCCGUCGUCGGCAUGGUGUUGCUGUUCUUCCACGUGCCAAAGCAUAUCAAGCCCGUCCCUGCCACGUGGCAGGAGAUUGUGCGACAGCUGGAUCUUCCGGGGUUCAGCUUGCUGCUGAGUUCGCUCGUUUGCUUCACCCUGGCCCUCCAAUGGGGUGGUCAGACGAAAUCAUGGCACAACGGCUCUAUUAUCGCCACGUUGGUCGUGUGGGUGGUCUUGACCAUUGCCUUCUUCAUCACGGAAUGGUUUCAGGGCGCGUACGCCAUGAUGCCCCUACACCUCCUAAAACCUCGCGUCGCCUGGACCAACGCGUUGUACGGCUUCAUCGUCAAUCUCGGCGAUUUCCAGAUUCUGUUCUACCUCCCCAUCUACUUCCAAUCCAUCCACGGCCAGUCAGCCAUUACGAGUGGCGUCAACAGUCUUCCGUUCAUGGCUUUCUUUGCUUUGGGCUCUAUGAUGAGCGGCGCCAUUAUUGGUAAAACCCGCGUCUUCCAACCCUUCCUCCUCGCAGGUGGUUUGCUGGCCACUGCUGGCGCCGCCCUGCUCUACACCUUGGACGUCAACUCUGGCAAGGCUCGCUACAUCGGGCCCCAGGUCCUCGUCGGCUUUGGUAUUGGUCUGGGAUGCCAGGUUCCGAUGAUGGCAGUCCAGAGUUUCAGCAAGCCUGAAGACGUGGCAUCCGUCACCGGCAUCUUGCUCAUGUGCAAUUCCAUCAGCGGUGCCUACUUCGUCACAGCAGCGCAAUCGGUCUUUGCCAACCGUCUUCUGAAGACGCUUGCCAAGGACGCCCCCCAUAUCGACGCGGGCAUGGUCCUCGGCAUUGGGGCCUCGGAAAUCCACCGCGUCUUCAGCGGUGCAGACCUGGCCGCCGUGCUUCAUGCUUACAUGGUCGGCAUCAAGGAUGUCUUUGCCUUCUCCAUGGCGGGUGCGGCGUUUACGGCGGCUCUGUCUCUUGUGGUGCCUUUCAAGAAGAUGCCUCUUCCUGACCAGGCGAAUUCGGGUUCAGAGGCAGGUUCGACGGACGAGAAGGUGGCAGUCGGUUAG